GAAAACUUCUUCAAGACUAAUUGUUAUACAAAAAAUGUAAUUGUUUAAACGAUUUUUUAUUAAAACUUUGUACACUUAGUUGUUAUUGUCAUGUUAUUCAGAAAAAUCCAUUUCUCUUUUUUUUAAAUAUUCCACAAAAUUGUAUUUAGGAAAAUCUAAGAAUUUAAACUCAAACCUGCGACGCUCUCAGUAGAAUUACGUAUUGAUUUUAGCGUCAUUUCGGUUACAACUAUUUUCAUUUUCGCAACACAACCCAAGCAAAAUAAUACCGUUUUUAUUCGUGAAGAAUUCCGGCUUCCCUUUCAUUGACACGAAACCCUAUUUUAUAAUUAUAGUUUUUAGCCAGUGAUAAAUUUUCCAUUAGUCGAAUCGAAAACGAGUAGCAGCGGCCAAUGCAAUGAAUUUGAAAAAUUCCAAGUUUUACAAGCGGAUUCAGGAGCUGCGCCACUUCUCCAAGGAUAAAAUCAGGAGAGAUCGCGAGCAGAGAACCCGGGUGGUUCGCCACUUGGACAUGGCACUCAGCGAGCAGCCGUGUUCGGAUCGGGAAUGGUUUAGUCCGGGUCAAUCGCCGACGCAACAACCUGCAUCUCCACGGCGACGGGCGAAGAAGUUUCGGAGUCUGAAGAAGAAGGCUUCGGCCAGCAAGGAAGUGGAUGAGAACUCCCCCUAUUUCGGUCACUCUUCGGGUCAAAAUAGUCCGGUAAACGGAACAGAGGCGAAACUACAGGGCUUCAUACAGCUGAACAACACUACUUAUAGGGUGGAAUGUCCCAGUCGAGUGGUUAAUCCACCCAAGAACAUCGAGGAGGAGCACGCAGCCAGUGAAACCAAGAGCACUAUCUGUGUUUCCAACUCACGUUACGCCAUGAUCGGCAAGAUAUCCAAGACUUUGGGUUAUAAACUAGUCAAGGAGUCCAAGCUGUGGAACAUCCUCUGGUCGGAUUCGUUUCCCGGCGUGGAGUUGUUCAAGAACAUGAAGCGUUUCCAGCAGAUCAAUCACUUUCCUGGGAUGAUCGAGAUCUGUCGCAAGGAUCUGCUGUCGAGGAAUCUCAAUCGGAUGUUGAAGCUCUACCCGCAGGACUAUAAGAUCUUUCCCAAGACCUGGAUGCUCCCAGCGGACUAUGGAGAUGCCAUGAAUUAUGCCUUGAACCACAAGCGAACCUUUAUCCUGAAACCUGAUUCUGGGGCCCAAGGACGUGGCAUUUGGUUGACCAACGAUCUAAAGACGAUAGGAGCUCAUGAAAGACUCAUCUGUCAGACCUACGUGCACAAGCCCCUCCUCAUCGAUGGCUACAAGUUCGACCUGCGGGUUUACACCUUAAUAACCUCCGUGGAUCCUCUGCGCAUCUUUGUUUACAACGAGGGACUAGCUAGAUUUGCCACCAACAAGUACGUGGAACCCACGCCCGGAAAUGCCAACGAUCUUUAUAUGCACCUGACCAACUACUCGGUGAAUAAACGCAAUUCGCACUAUGAACUCUGCGACAAUGAUGAUUGUGGUAGCAAGCGGAAACUGAGUGCCAUUAACAACUGGAUGAGGCGGCAUAACUACGAUGUGGAGGAGUUCUGGAGCAAUGUGGAUGAUGUGAUCAUCAAGACGGUGCUGAGUGCUUGGCCCGUGCUAAAGCACAACUAUCAUGCCUGCUUUCCGGGUCACGAUAAAAUUCAGGCCUGCUUCGAGAUCCUCGGCUUUGAUAUCCUCGUAGACUGGAAGCUGAAGCCCUACAUCCUGGAGGUCAACCACUCGCCCAGCUUUCAUACCAACGAACAGGUGGACCGCGAGGUGAAGCGGCCCCUCAUCCGGGACACCCUGAACUUGGUCAGCACAGUGCUGGCGGACAAGAGACAGAUCUUGAGGGAGGAUCGCAAGAGGGUCAAGCAGCGACUGCUCAAGAUCAGGGGAGAGCCGUCAGUUCAGCGACCUCGGGUUGCUGGUGGCGGCACCUCAAAGGCCAAAAUAGAUAUCAAGUCGGGCACGGGAGAACCUAAUCCCAAUAACAUUGAUCUCGAAGCAGAGGCGGAGGAUCAAGGGCCGUUGGCCCAGCAAAUCGCCUGGGAGGAGAGUCAUUUGGGAAACUUUAGGAAGAUAAUGCCGCCACCGGAUCUAAGCAAGUUGGACUACUAUACCCGUUUCUAUGCCCAAUCGAAUCAGGUUUCGAUAUUCGCCGAAACGGCGGCCAGCAAAAAGCGUGAGGAUCUCGCCCGGAAGAUGCGUAUCCAGAUCGAGGAGAAGAAGGCCAAGCAGCAGCAGAUGCUGAAUGGAAAGUUCAAGCGGGAUGCCCGUAAGCGUCAUGUUGUCAUGCUUCCAAGGGCAGUGCGCGAGAAGAAUCGGAUGAAUCUCUUCCGGCUGCGGGAGAAUUGGUCGCCAGGAUUCAUUUCGGAUGCGGAGGAGCGACUGCGUCACACUUGGCUACACAUGCGCUCGGAGGCCAUAAGAACUCUUAAGAUCACCGAGAAUAUCUAUAGCAAUCUUUAUGAAACCGGUCACUUGACAAACACGGAUAUGGUUGUCUAUCCUCAUUUCUAUCACAAUCUUCAGCAUGGUUACGACAUCAGACAAAAUCCCUAAGUGGAUGCAGUUCCCA